UUGUGCAUGCAUUUUGCGCUAUCUUUAUCUCUCUAUGCGUGUAUUGUGUUUUGUGUUAUAUGCAUUUUUGCAUGCACUUUCUCUCUCUAUAAAACCUUCUCUCAGUAAUUACGGUUACCAUGUUGCAUUCAUAUUCACCUUUUCCUCUUUUCUCUUCUUCUUCUUCUUCUUCUUCUUCACCUCAAUGUUCAUUAUAGUAUUGAAACUUGAAAUCAAUUAUUAUUAAUUGACGUCACUUUCUCUCUCUAUGUUUGUGCAUGGUUGAAGCAGCAACACAUAGAAAAACACUCAAAUUCGUUCUUGUUUUUUUUCAAGGGUUUUGACUUUGAAGUGAGAAAGAGGGGUUGAUUUAAUUUGGAUUCUGUUUAAUGGGGAUUGAAAUUUGCAUGAAUAGUUUGUGUAAAGAUGGUUCUGCUAGUGAAUGGAAGAAAGGGUGGCUUUUGAUUUCUGGUGGAUUUGCUAGACUCUGCAACAAAUGCGGACUUGCCUAUGAGAAUUCAGCUUUCUGUGAUAAAUUCCACCGUCACGAAGCCGGUUGGAGGGAAUGCAGCAAUUGCAACAAGCCUAUCCAUUGUGGAUGUAUAGUAUCAAGGUCUUUGUUUGAGUACCUUGAUUUUGGUGGUAUAGGUUGUGUUACAUGUGUUAAGGCCUCCCAGCUUUGUCCGGAUACUGAAAAUCCUAAUAGGUCUGUUCAAUCAACCAAAAAUAAUGCAAGUGGUUGGUAUGCUGAACAUAUUGAUGGUAGACUACCGAUGGAACGUGCUGGCAAAGGAAACCUUAUGCAAUUGUGUAGAAUUGUUGAAGCUGGUGAAUCAAGCUCUUGGCCACAAGCUCAAAGAAAUGGCAAGGUUUCAUGUAUUGGUUCCAGCAGCCAAGAAGUUAAGUGUCGAUUCAGCGAAGAGGAUACAGGAUUUUUAAAUGUGAUGAAACAUUCUAGUCAUUCUUCGAAAUUUACUUUGACAGAAAAUGAUAGACCGACAUGGGAGUCUAAAAGUAUACAUGAACCACUUUCCCUGAAUAUUUCUCUGGGAUCCUCGUCGAGAAAUUUUGUGCCUUCUGCCACGGAGAUUGUAGAAGGUAGACUUGAGGGUAAAGCAUCUUCUCCCUUUCAACAAGGGAAAAAAUCUCACCCUAUGUUGCCCAAACAAACGAAGACUGGAGUUACCAUGAAUCUUGAAACAAAUAAAGGCAUGACUUCUCAUGAACGAAUUGCGCGGCCACCUCCUGAUGGGAAAGGAAAAAACCAGUUACUUUCUCGAUACUGGCCGAGGAUCACUGAUCAAGAGCUGGAGCAAUUGUCCGGGGAUUUGAAGUCUACUGUAGUGCCCUUAUUUGAGAAGGUGUUAAGUCCAAGUGAUGCUGGUCGAAUUGGUCGUCUUGUCCUCCCAAAAGCCUGUGCUGAGGCUUUUCUCCCUCAUAUUUCGCAAUCAGAAGGUGUUCCUCUAGAGUUCCUAGAUUCGAAGGGGGACGAGUGGACUUUUCAGUUCAGAUUUUGGCCUAAUAACAACAGUAGGAUGUAUGUAUUGGAGGGUGUGACCCCUUGCAUACAGUCCUUGCAAUUAAAUGCUGGUGAUACUGUGAUAUUUAGUCGGAUAGAUCCUGGGGAAAAAUUUGUAUUGGGUUUUAGAAAGGCAUCAAAUUCAAUUGAUACACAGGAUGCCUCUACAUCUGCUCAUUCCAAUGGCAUUUCAACAAAGAAUACAAAUUUUUCUGGUGCAACUAAGAAUCUGCUCUCAGUAUGUAGUUAUCGUGAUCUUCUUCAAUCAAGGAAAGGUAACGGGGAACCUUACUUAAAUGGACAUUUAGAACAUCUGCGUUUGGGUACUGGAACUUCUGAUUGGCUUCAAACCGCACGUUGUGAAGAGGGGACAAACAAGGAUCCAUUGCAGCCACCGGGUUCAGUUUCAGAAAAGAAGAGGACUCACAAUAUUGGGCCAAAAACUAAGAGGUUGCUCAUUCCUAGUGAAGAUGCUAAGGAGUUGAGACUUACAUGGGAAGAAGCACAAGACUUGCUUUGUCCGCCGCCUAGUGUCAAGCCAAACAUCGUAACAAUCGAAGACCAAGUAUUUGAAGAAUAUGAUGAGCCCCCAGUUUUUGGAAAGAUAACUAUAACAAAUGCCGGUCCAUCUGGGUCUUCGGAUUCUGCAUCAGAGCAGCUAGAAAAUCUUCUGAGAACCAGAAAAGAUUCUAAAAAGCGAAAAAUUGUAGAAAAGGGUAAAACAAUUCAAGAACACAAGCCUUCAGGCCUUGAAGCUCUUGCCAAUGCAGCAGUUUUAGGAGAUAAUCUUGCUGAUCCGGACGAGUCAUCCUCGGCUGAAGUCACCACCAAACAUCCUAGGCAUCGUCCGGGAUGCACUUGUAUCGUUUGCAUUCAACCAGCAAGUGGACAAGGAAGACAUCCACCAACUUGCACUUGCCUUGCUUGUGAGACUGUGAAGCGUCGGUUCAAGACUCUUAUGAUGCGUAGAAAAAAGCAACAAUCAGAACCUGAAGCAGUUGAUGAUCAAAUUGAUCACAUGGAGGAGGCUGAUACCAAUGGUGAUGCGUCAAGAGAAGAUGCAAGUCACUCGCCGGACGAGGUAAGUGUGAAUGGAGGUCAGCUUGAGGCUUCUGAGCCAAGUGGCGCAGGACAAAUAGAUUUGAAUUGUCAUCCCAAUCAUGAAGAUAUGGAAAUGGAUACAUAUAACAGGACUGAGCAUGAGUCAUGACUAAUCAAUAUUGAAACAACUGCAACGGAAUAUAUGAUUAUGGUCUUAAACUUAAUUCUCAACUGCAUUUUAAAUUAAUUUCAUUUUUUACUUUUUUUUCUUCUCAUUUUGGAGCCAGGAAAGAAGAAAUUAGGUAGUGUGAUACCAAUUUUAUAUUUCUCCUUAAUUGCACAGUAUAGUUUGCUUUCCUUUUUCAAAAGGGGUGGUAAAGAUAGCUCUUUUUCUUAUAGUUAAAAGUGAUUUUAGUUCUAGUUUGUCUC